GGUCGAGCGCCGAUGGCAGGGAGGUGCGCGCAGGCGCGGAAGUGGGGGCGGGAGCGCCGAGCGGCCGAUCGGGAUCCCCGCCCCGGCGCCAUCUCCGGGACCUGCCGAUCCUGCCUAGGUCUCUGCCUGAGCCUACAGGAUGUUUCACGGGAUCCCAGCCACUCCAGGCAUGGGAGCCCCUGGAAAUAAACCGGAGCUGUAUGAGGAAGUGAAGCUGUACAAGAAUGCCCGGGAGAGAGAGAAGUAUGACAACAUGGCAGAGCUGUUUGCAGUUGUGAAGACCAUGCAGGCCCUGGAAAAGGCGUACAUCAAGGACUGCGUCACUCCCAACGAGUACACCGCUGCCUGCUCCCGCCUCCUGGUUCAAUACAAAGCCGCCUUCCGGCAGGUUCAAGGCUCAGAAAUCAGCUCCAUCGAUGAAUUCUGCCGCAAGUUCCGCCUGGACUGCCCGCUGGCCAUGGAGAGGAUCAAGGAGGACCGGCCUAUCACCAUCAAGGAUGACAAGGGCAACCUCAACCGCUGCAUCGCGGACGUCGUCUCGCUCUUCAUCACCGUGAUGGACAAGCUGCGCCUGGAGAUCCGCGCCAUGGACGAGAUUCAGCCUGACCUGCGGGAGCUGAUGGAGACUAUGCACCGCAUGAGCCACCUGCCUCCCGACUUCGAGGGACGCCAGACGGUCAACCAGUGGCUGCAGACCCUCAGCGGCAUGUCCGCCUCCGACGAGCUGGAUGACUCCCAAGUACGCCAGAUGCUCUUCGACCUGGAGUCGGCCUACAACGCUUUCAACCGCUUCCUGCACGCCUGAGCCUGCGGCCUCCCUGCCCCAGGGGCGCAGAGCAGGGGUGAUCAGGCGGGCCCAGUGAGGGGCUGCAGCCUCCCAGGAUGGUUCCUGCUUUCUUGGACCCCUUGGACUUUCCACAGCAGCCCUGUCCGUGUGUUCAUCCGUCCGUGGUAUCUCCACCCCGGAGCCCUUCCACACAAUAAAGAUGCUUUCUGACCUUC